AUGUUCAUUGGUCAGCAUGAAGAACAUGGAAGUAAACUUUCUUCCAAUAUUCCUACGGUGGAGGAAUCAGAAGUUAAAGGAAAAAUCCUUAAAGAUGAACCUAUCUUCAUGCCAAAAUUUAAAAAAAGAAAACGCCUUAGCCUAAAUCGACUGAGAGAGAUUAAAGCAGAUAUGUGUGCCAGUACAAGGGAAAGUAGUGGCAGCAUGCCUAAAUCAAAGAAGAGUGAAAGCAAAGACAGAUGGUCAGCUAAGAGGUAUACGUUGGCCGAGCAAAGCAUGUGGGAGGUCUUAAAAGGUGAAGGUGCAACUUUUGAAAAUCCAAUUACCCGACCUGCACUAAGAAUGUCUGGCCGUAAACACAUUGGUGAUACUGGACUAUUAGACCACUUACUGAAGCACAUUGAUGGUAGAGUGGCACCUGGAGGCACUGAACGGUUCCGACGAUGUUUCAACACCACGGGAACCAUGGAGUACUGGUUGGAGAGUGCUAAUUUGGAGGACAAGGAAACUGGGAUGGAAGACCCUUACUGGAUACCACCGUCUAUGUUAAGGGCCGGCAGUGUUCCUAUGCAGAAUACUGUUUCUAUUGAUGAUCUGAAAAUGAUCAAAAUAGAAAUGGCCCAGAUGAAGAAGGACAUGCAGGAGCUCAUUGCCAAAAAGCAAGAAAAAAGGAAAAGGUGUUUGAUGGAGGAGAGACAGAAAAAUUUUGUUAAUUGGAAAGCCAUGACUGAGGGCCGUGUAACUGAGAUUAUAAAUUCUGUGAAGGGUGUGCAGGGCAUGCAUGAAGACAUGUUGAUUUGGAAAACUAAAUUUGAGCAACAGCUGAUGGAAAUAGCCAAUAAGUUGAGUGAUGUGAAAACAUUGAGAGAACACAGCACUUCAAAUUAUCCUCCUGUAAGCUGGCAGGACUGGCUAGAAAGCACCAACCUAGACAAUAUUCAGGGAAACGAAUUUUCACCAUGGUUUGGGAAUCCUGAGCUGCAUAAUGUUCCACAAGAGGUUGUACUUCAAGAUCCCAACUCAACCCUACCAAUUCAGCUGCAAAGUGAAGAGCUUACUAUCACGAAGAGCAAUUUGCUAGAGUUGGUGCCAAAUAAGCUAGAUGAAGAUCAACCUAACGUGACCCCUGAUUCUUCUACGACUGUUAAUUCAAAGUCAGACCUUGACCAUUCAUUGAUAUUGUGUCAGGAAAUGUUCAUGGAGUUAUUUACAUCGAGGGAUAAAAUGGAGCAGCAGUUAUUGGAGAUAUCAAAUACUGUAUAUGGCAUGCUGACAAUGAAAUAG